AUGAUUCGGACCCCCGUACCCCCUCUCCAUUUCACAGAAAUUUCCUCGUCUUUUCUUUUUUCCUUUGAAUGCUUAUACGCAGCCUUUGCAAUGGAUCCGUUUCAACGACUUCCCGCCGAACUCGUCAGUCAGGUCCUUCGAAAUACAGACUUCAUGGGCGUGGAUGGCCUGGUAUCAGUAUCCCUGGAAGCCAGAGCGGUCUUCCAAGCGAACUCUCGUGCGAUCAUCCAAGACCUUGUUUCAUCAAAUCCUAUUACAUCGCACCCUGAAAUCAGAAAGCUACUCUCAAAUAUCGCCCUUAUUCAUGACCCUUCGAUUUGCUGUACAAGUCUCGACGAGUAUAUGCAACUAACGAAUGGAGAAGGAAACGAAAACGCAGUCGAAUCCACUCUUUGCCGGCAGAACUCAGAUCUGGCCUGUCGCAUCCUUCGCAUUGCCGCCCAAACCCAGUGUUUGGCAUGCAUCUGUCUCUUGACUCUAAGGCAAGGAUUGGUUACUGCAUUAGGAACCUCGCCUAAUCGAGCGCAAAAGGCAAACGAGCCUUUCUCUUACCUCGAAGAGUAUCACGUGUACUGGGCAAUAUGGCAACUUGAGUGCUAUUCUGACCUCCGAAAAGCUGUGGAUUCGCGAGCUUCAUCAUCAACCAAUAGCGCCGAAGGCCCUUCGACUGGUCAGAACUGGAUCUGGUCGAGAGAAUCAAUCAAUAAACUUGAUGCAUAUACUACCUUCAACGAAAUACAUGAUUUUAGGGCCGAACAGAUCUGGGCUGUGGCUUCGGUAUUGGUGGAGUUGGGAGCUCCUUUAGUGUCGCCUUCUACUAGAGAAUCGCUAGCGCUACAGCAUCCGUCCACGGUCGCCUGGGAUUUUCCCCCAAACACACCGAUACCAUUCUUUUCGUCCUUUCAGCUCGCUCGGUCUGUUAGGAAUGAUCACUCUCUACUCUGGUGUCCACCACAAACACCUAUCGAAGAUCCAGUGACGAAGGCUUGGUAUUUGACUCUACCAUUUUGCCAUAAGCCCUCUGGGCAGACGAUGUUAUUUCGAUCACUACGCCAUGGGGCUUUGCGUGGUCACUGUGGCCGACGUCCCUCUGCUGCAAUGGAAGAUAUCUCGCCUUAUCGACGAUCUGGUGUACUUUUAUGGGACUCAUGGCGAAUGUACUCCAUUGGGCUAAUGCCGAACUCGUCUCGGAAAGGAAGACCCGCUCCGGGUGGAGGUUUCAUUGAACCUGAUUGUGAAGCGGUCACUGGAGAAGAUGUCAUGCCAAAUUGGUUCGAAAUAGCUGGCGUGAAGCAAUGA